AUGGAAAUGUAAUAGAACAUGUAGUAGAACCUUAUAAAUACUAAUACUAAUGCUAAUAUAAACCUUAAGUAUAAAACUUAACGCUGCAGACAUUUUGAGCAGCAUAAUAAUUGCCAAAUGGGCAAUAAAUGUCAUUUUGCUCAUGGCGACCAUGAACUACGCUCUUUCAGUGAUCCGAUUGCUCCAGAGUUGGUGGAGGUCGCUCAAAAGCAAGCAGUCUACUAAAAGCCUUUUUAGAAGCCUCAGUUCAAUAACAAUAGAGGUGGCUAUGGUGGUGGCCAAGGAAACUUUCAACCAAGACCAUUCAAUCCAUAACAUCAACAUCACGCCUAAGGAUAAGUUCAAAACCAAGGCAGCGGUGGUUAAGGUGCUAACUAUAAGACCGUUAGAUGCAAGUUCUUUGAUUAGGGAAGAAAUUGCCCAUAUGGUGGUAGAUGUUCCUUCGCUCAUGGUGAUAAUGAAUUGAGAGAGCAGGUUCCACAAAUGCAAAAUGUAAUGCCAGGAAUGGGAGGUUAUAUGGGAGGACCACCUAAUCAAAUGCCAAACCCAAUGGGCAAUCCAAUGUCCUAUUAUGGUCAACCACAAAUGGACAUGAUGGCCUGGGGAAUGCCAGGAAUGCAACCACCACAAAUGGAUCCCUCAAUGAUGGGAAUGGGCUAUAUGCAAUAACCACAAAUGAUGGGACAAGAAUUCAUGAUGGGUGGAUAAAUCCCCCCAACAGGUCUCUAUGGUCAAGGACUUGGAAUGCCCUAACAAAACAUUCCUGAAACCUUUUAAGAUGACAAGAGUUUGCAAUCAUAGGGAGUUUUCAAAAACCAAAUCCCCACUGGAAUUUCAAUAUAGCAACAAGAAAUUGGACCUGAUGGACAGCCAUUUAUGAAGGAAAUACAAAUGGAUGUCUACUUUAUCGACAAGUCAUAAGAUACCAUCAAUCGCUUCAACUAGGCAACUUAGCUGAUCCAAUCUGGGAAAAACUAAGAAGGUCUAAGCAUCAUUCAAGAUCUUUUCAAUCAGCAAAAAGUGAACAUUAUUGAUCCAAGCCAAUAAAGCUAGAUCCCUAUAUAAUGA